AUGGGUGUUUUUCUGGUAAACUUGAAGGUCCUCUUGUCAAAUUGUGCAUCUUUAUCUCAUGAUGGAUCUCUGGUUGUUGGUGGGUUCUUCGAUUCAUCAAUAGAGGAUGCCAAAGUAUCUUUUAGAGUCUAUGGAUAUUCCCUUUUAUCAAUCAAAUUUGUGACUACGAUUGCAACCUUUAAAGACGUAGAUGUGUACGACGUAGAGUUUUGGUUGAGAAGACAUGUCUUGAGUAAGGAUGAAUCUACUAAAGUUGGACACUUUGAGGACUUCAAGAAAGAGAAGGAGAAGAUUAUGUUCAAGAAGAAAGUAGGAGACAUGAUUGAAGUUUGUCUUUCUGGUGUUAGAUUAAUUUUGUUUAAAACUUGGUAUGAUGUUAUGAAAAGGAUGGAUAAUGUAAUAUUACUAUUUUGUUGUUGAUGAUUGAUGAUUUAUGAAACAUAAAAAGUAUAUUAUAAAUCUAA